GUAAAUUUCGUGAAGCCGCGGGUAUCUCCAGAGAGGCUGAACUCUGCGACAGGACUGAACGGUCGCGCGAUGCAACGUCUCACGGCGGCUGCAACUCCGAUGCAGGGCGACGGCGUGCACUGCGUUUCCCAGGAAAGCCGAGAAGACUCGUGUGACUUAUCGUGCCGAGAAAACGGCUACCGAGACCACGUGCAAGUUGCCGCCAACGUGGGGACGACGCCAAGGCAACAACUGUUCUCGCUGGCCGACAGGUGGGGUUUAAGGCACGACACCAUCGACUUCGCCCGGCGGCUCGACUGUGAGGAUCCGCUGAAGGAAUUUCGCGAACGCUUCGUCAUCCCCAAGGUGGCCGACUUGACCGGAGUGGAUCCCGAAUUCCUCCAGUCACCGCAGCAGGAAUGCAUCUACAUGAGCGGCCACCUGUUCGGCCCUAAGCCGAAAGCUGUGGACGGCGAGCUUCAGAAUGUUCUGGACGACUGGGGAAAGAGGGCCGUGCAGUGCUUCCGGCAAGGCUACCUACCGGCUACAACGGCCGACUUCUACCCGAAGCAGCACAUGGCUGACAUCGUGGGGGCCGAUUGCGAUGAGAUCGUUUUCAUGAACGGGCUCACCGUCAACCUACACCUGCUCAUGAUGACGUACUACAGACCAGAAGGGACAAGAACCAAGGUGGCCGUGGAAGCGGAUGCGUUUUCAACAGACUUGUAUGCUGCGCAGUCCCAGGUGAGCCACCAUGGCCUCGACCUGGCGUCCAACCUGAUCCUCUUGCGCUCCAGAAAGGGCGAAGAGCUGCUCAGGGAGGAGGACAUCUACGACGUCAUCGAGAGAGAGGGCGACACCAUCGCUCUCCUGCUCCUGUCCGGAGUGCAGUACAAGACGGGCCAGGCUCUGGAUAUCCGGGGAAUCACAAGUGCCGCUCGCAAAAAGGGUUGCCUCGUGCUGUGGGACUUGGCUCAUUGCGUCUGCAACAUGGAGCUGAGGCUGAACGAAUGGGAGGUAGACCUGGCCGCCUGGUGCACGUACAAGUACAUGAACUGCGGCCCUGGCUGCACGGCUGUGGCGUACGUAAGCAACAAGUUCCGCAAGGCCUGCGACCGGCUGCCCGAGCUGAGAGGCUGGUGGGGCAACGACAGCAAGACCAGGCUACUCAUGAAACGCGAAUUCGACCCUUUCCCAUCGGCCGACAUGUUCAAGAUCUCCGUCGGUAGCUCUAUGCUGAUUGUGCCAAUCAUGACAAGCCUACAGAUAUUCAGCGAGGUCGGAGAGCCGAACCGCCUACGUAAGCAGUUCCUCCUGACCGGCUACAUGGAGCUCCUGUUGACGGACGUGCUCGGCGCGAGCCACGACCUCGAAGACACUACGCGGCCCGUCCACCUUCUCACACCAGCCGACGUUGAGCGCAGAGGAAGCCAGCUCAGUCUCCGCUUCGCCGCACCCUACGACGCCCGUUCCGUGCUUCAAGAACUUCUGCGACGAGGCAUCAUCGGUGACCUACUCGCGCCAUCGGUACUUCGCUUCACGCCGAUUUCCUUGUACAACACUUUCGAAGACGUGUACAACUGCGUACAGGCACUGAAGGAGAUCUGCAGCCAGUUCAGCUCAGAAGGAGCGCCCUGCAUUAACGGCAACUAGGGACUGCUCGUGCUUGCACGCUGCGGCCGUUGGGACAUGAAACGGACCAUCUAUAAUUCAUUAGAGAUGUCACAAAAAUGUCGUCAGCUCGUGAAAUCGGUAGGGGGAGAAAUGCGGAAUAAAAUGGAAGAGCGACUGCUUUACUCAGCAACUACAUGCGUAUCAACGCACGUAGUUGCUGAAUGAUAUAGCGAAUGACAGAUGAAGUUGUGACCUAGGCUGGCUUUGUAGGUCAGCGUUGGGAUCAAGUGACAAAAGUCGCACAUUUUCAGAAAACGAAACUAUCAAGUUUACAACUCUGUAACUCAGCAAUGAAAAAUGAUAUCAAAAUUGUGUAAAUUGCGCCUAAUAGUACAUCUAAAGCGAACAAGAUUGAUAUAUACGUGG